AUGGUACAUCCUACAAUGAUAGCUGCCUCACCGACUUGCAAUCCAGAAGAAGCAGAAAAUUCCGAUGGUGGUGAAUCGGAAAGCGUCGAUAGUCAUGAUGAUGUGAUGGAAGAAAGCGAAACUGACAAAGAAAAAGAGAAAGCGACUUCGUUGUCAUUACAACAGACAUUGAAAGAAGCGCUUCGUGUGGCAGCCGCUCAACGACAGUUGCAAAGAAGCAAAGCAAAAAUUAACAACAAUAAUGAUGUUAGAAGCGUCAUUAAUUAUGGUAAUAAUAAUAACAAUAACAAUUGUAGCAAUACUCAUAAUGGUACCAUUGGUAACAUUGCUGGCAGCACCAAUGUUCAAGCUACCGCAACAUUCCCGCUUCUCGCACCAUUUCUGUUACCAGGCUUGAAUUCGGCUUCAACGGCGGGAACCAGCAACGCCAUCAUGUAUCAGAUACCUCAAGGCGUGGUUUAUUCAAAUGACGCAGGAGCUGAUAGUAAUUCCUUAUUUACAAAUGGUAGUGGCAACAGUAGCAAUUCCUCCGAGAACCAACAAACUAGUCCACAAUUUAUGUUCCCAAUCAAUUCGCUCACUUUGCAACAGAGUCUCUUGCAAAUCAUGUCAACAGCCGCGCUAAGUGCAGCUCAGUUGGAAAACAGUGAACGUUCCAGCUGA